AUGAGGCGAGAAGGAGAAAGGAUAUGGGAGCAGUUUGCCAGGGAACGUGCCACACGAUGGCAACAGUUCCACUCAAGGUACCCCAAUGGCCCACCAGGUUCCAUGCGUUAUGAAUGGAGGUGGAGCUCAGAUCCGACGUCCAAACGAAAUAUUGUGAUAUUCACUCGCAUCCUCACGUUUUAUAUGGUCUGCAUCGUAUUGGUUACGAUGGUUCAGGUUAUUUCAGAGCCGUUCUUCAAUACGAGGAAAGCACAACAUGGAAGUCGAGAAAAAAGAAGCAUGGUAGUUUCGGAGCAGCCACUACCAAAAACAACUUUCGACUACAUGCAAGCAACCGCCUUCUUCACGAAGUGA